AUGAAAUGCACGGUGGAUUUUCAGGUAAUGUCGGAGAAUAAUACGCAUUCGUCGCGAACACAACUACGUAAAAAUGCACACAAAAACAAAGUUAGAUGUGCAGGACAUAUAGCAAAUCCUACUCCCAAUUACUGUACUGAAAGCGCGAAGCUGACAAUUUUGAAUUUCCUGAGUUCUUUUUGA